ACGAAGAAAAAAAGCAAGGCGACACCGGAGGCAAAGCGUCUGCUGGACGGAGUGAAAUCGAGUUAAAACUCACCAGAAUGUUGAAACAGUUGGUGAAGGAGCGACUGAUGGCGGCGGCCGAUGAAAUAUUGGCGCUUUUUGAAAGAACCAUAGCGUCCUACGAGGAGGAACUUUGUCGGACGAGAGAGGAGAAGGAGCGGUAUCGACAACAACUGGAAGCUGUUAGCAAGACUGGAACGAUGCUACACGUUGGUGCUGCCCAGCGGGCCGCCCACGUGAAAGAGGAAGAGGAGGAGGAGGAGUGUCUUCUGGCGCCGGAGGAGGCGGAUCUGACCGUCGUCUCCGUAAAGACUGAAGACGACGAACCACACGCAGACGAGCUCUUGGCUCCGCUGUCCGAUAGCGAGCACACGACGCCAUGCUCUACCGGAGGCAAAGACAGGGACCUCAGUCAAGAUGCCCCGAGUAGCGAUACGGAUGGCGAAGGCGAGUGGAGGACUCACGCCGCUACAAAGAAGAUGGCUGAAAAACGUCUGACCUGCUCCGUUUGUCCAAAAAGCUUCUCCAGUAAGCGUCACUUGACUCGACACAUGCUGACGCACACGGGGGAAAAACCGUUUCGAUGUUCAGUUUGCGGCAAAAGCUGCUCUCAGAAGACAAACGUUCUAUCACACAUGAGAACGCACACGGGAGAAAGACCUUUCAGUUGCUCAGUUUGUGGAGAAAGAUUCUCCUACAAGUGCAAUUUGACUCGACACAUGCAGACGCACGCAGGAGGAAAACCGGUUCUCGCUUCCGUGUGCAGGACAAAAUUCUCGGAAAAUUCGAUGGUGACAACGCAGGAGGAAGAGAAACUGUUCAGUUGCUCCAUCUGCGGUGAAAGCUUUUCUUACAAGUGCAAUUUGACUCGACAUAUGCAGACGCAUACGGGGGAAAAACCCUUUGGUUGCUCUGUGUGCGGUAAAAGAUUCACGCAGAAGGUGAACAUGGCGUCGCACAUGACCACGCACACGGGAGAAAAACCCUUCAGUUGCUCAGCCUGUGGCAAGAGUUAUUCUCAUAAGAAAAGUUUGACGGCGCACAUGCUGACACACGAGCAAGAAUAAAUGUCAUCACGUCUUCCUCUGUCUUCAUGUGCUGCCCAAAUCACAUUGACCGGUCAACUUCACAAUAUCCUAGAUGGAAACGGACAUUGAUGGAAGAAAAGGUUCCUGUGCAUCACAUCAUCUCAACGCUUCAUCGUUAUGUCAUCUCAAUGCUGGUGUCACUGUAAUAAAUGCUCCUCUUUCUAGGAAAGCCAGUUUACUUACAUGUUCUCUACUUCGGUUUACUUCCUGUUCUCUUCUUCAGGUUACUUCCUUUUCUCUACUUCAGUUUACUUCCUGUUCUCUACUUUAGGUUACUUUCUGUUCUCUACUUCAGUUUACUUCCUGUUCAAUACUUCUUCCCCGGACAUGUCUGGGUCCCGUCUGUCUUCACUUCCUUAUUCUUGUUCUUUAUGAGCAGCAGACUGGCAGCCAUCUUGGACGAUUCUGGGAUUUCAAUCCAGCACGCGACCCGUAGAGUUCCACCAACAAGGUUAAAUAUGAAUAUUGUAUUAAAUAUUAUAUAUAUUAUAUCAUCACAAGGUU